AUGACAGUCAAGCCUCAUGAAAGCAAAAGACGAAAAGUACGAUCAUCGUCUCAACUUCAGGCAUCGAAAUCAAAAUCAGAUGGGCUAAUGGCACACAAUGAUUUGUUUCAUGACGGAAAAUCUAUGAAGCCGAACAAUGUUGACUUAUUGAAUGAAGAAUUGGGAUUGGAGCAUGGAGCUAAGCUUGAGGCUAACAAGUCAGCCACCGUAAAGAAAAAUGGCGUACUUCGUAGCAACGCUAAAACAUUAAAGGUGGGUGAUGUUAUUGAAGAGAGUAACAACAACAACAACAACAACAACAACAAAACAAAUGAAACAAAUAAAAUUAGCAAGACAAACGAGAAUGUUGAAAACUAUACCAUCUCUAGAGAGCAAUUUCUCAAAAACAGUUACAGGAACGUAAUAGGAAUUGAUGAGCUUGUGUCUAUUGCAUCCAAAAGGGCCGAAGAAUGGUAUGAAUCACAGAAAGUACAGGUUGAGGACAAUAAGAAGUCGCGACCGUUCUCAUCAAUGGAAGAUGAUAUCAUUGACAGUUACUUGAAUGGGGUAUGUUAUUUCAAUAAUAAUUGGACGAGACAGCAACUAUGUGAACGAAUUUGGAGCGAAGAGCGCAAAGUUGAUAGCUUUUGGAAGAAUAUAUAUAAAAUUUUUCCAUACAGAUCGAAAUCGAGUGUUUACAAACACGUGAGACGACGGUAUCACAUUUUUGAUUUGCGUGCAAAAUGGUCUGAGCAGGACGAUGAAAAAUUGAAGGAAUUGGCAUUAGUGCAUCCUGGUAAAUGGAAACAAAUUGGUGAACUUUUGGGAAGAAUGCCAGAAGAUUGCAGGGACCGUUGGCGUAAUUACAUCAAGUGUGGAACCACUAGAGCCAAGAAAAGAUGGUCACCUGAUGAAGAACAAAAAUUGAUAACAAUUGUCAAUGAAAUGAUAUACACUUUGAAGGACCUGGAUUAUAAUGAUGAAAACAACGGCAACACUAUGGACGAAAACAAGGACAAAAACAAAAACAUUAACGAUGAUACUAACUCCAUUUCUGACUCUAAUCCCAUAUGGAUCCCAAAUGCAAAGGAUGUCAAUUGGACCAUUGUUAGUGAGAAAAUGAAUGGUGUCAGAUCUAGAAUACAAUGUAGAUACAAAUGGCUUAAGCUAAAUGAAAAAUCAAGCGUGAUUUCAAAACCGGGAAUGGGUCAAGAUGAUAUAGUCUGGCUUUUGAAGCAAAUCAAGAAACUGAAAGUGCUAUCAAUGAAUGAUAUCAAGUGGAAGAAAAUUGUGAAGAAAUAUACAAAGGAAAGACCAGCUGGAAUAAGAUGGACUAAAGAGGACUUUGAAAACGCCUUGAUAUUGCAGAGAGCCAGUGAUGAUAAAGCAUCUGAACAUGACUUUCAAAAAAUGAUUAAUAAUAGGCUCUCUGAAUUGGAAAAAGUACAUUCUGUAACAUAG